GCCGCGCAUGAAUAACGCGACUAGUUUUUUUGUUUUUAAUUAGGGAUAGUUAACUACUAAUUAACGGAAAUUUAAACGAGGUAAAAAAGCAGAUUAAACGAUCCCGGAAUGCUGACGUCAGCAUGUUAAAUCUCAGAUCUUGAAACGAAACGAACUUUCGCUUCCUCUCCUCUGCUCUUCUCUUACUUUCCCUUUUUUUAAUUUUCUUUUCUUUUCUUUUCUUUUCCAUUAAACCUUUUCUUAUUAAGCUUCCAACAAAAAAAAAUAAGCAGGAAGAAGAAGGAAGAAGAUGAGCUUAGAGAGAGAGAAGGAUUGUAAAACAGUUAAUCAAAAUUCACCAUGAGAUUCUUCUUCUUCUUCCUUCUCUUCUCAUCUCUAUCUUCAUCAUCUCUCUCCCUCGGCGAAGUUAACCAUCGAAGAAUCCUCCAUCAGCCGCUUUUCCCUGAUUCUCCUCCUCCGCCUCCUCCUCAAGAGCUCCAGUCUCCUCCCGACGCUCCCGAUCAGCCAUUCUUCCCGGAGAAUCCCUCUCCUCCCGAUCAAAAUCAGUUACCUCCUCCGCCUCCUCCAGCUUCCGCCGACGUCAAUGGCGGACUACCGAUUCCAACGGCCACUACUCAACACGCGAAGCCUGCGACGAAAGUCGCGAUCGUCGUAUCCGUCGGACUCGUCACGCUCGGUAUGCUCUCAGCUCUAGCUUUCUUCCUCUAUCGCCACAAAGCCAAACACGCAAGCGACACUCAGAAACUCGUCACUAGAGGAGGCGAUGGAGGCGGUUCGAGAAGAUUCCACGAAGAUCCGUUACCACCGACGACGACGACGUCUUCUACAUUUCUCUAUAUGGGAACCGUAGAACCGAAUCGCGAACCGGCUAACGACUUUAAUGAACCGGUUAAUUCAUCUCCGUACCGGAAAUUAAAUUCUAAUUCUAAUAAUAAUAAAAGAUCUGAUCGGUACCGUCCCAGUCCCGAGCUCCAACCGCUUCCACCGUUAACCAAACCGUCUCAGAACUCUCUUUCCACGUCAUCAUCAUCAUCAUCCGAUGAAGAAUGCCGAAACGCGGCGUUUUACACUCCCCACGGAUCUGCUAUCAGCAGCGACGACGGUUACUACACGGCGUUUCCUAGGUCGGUUAACAGUAACGGCCAUUCCUCUGGAUCGGUUCCCCACUCGAAGAGGACUUCUCCGAAGUCGAAGUUCGGUACAUCGGGAGGAUCUAGGUCGCCGGAGAUGAAGCACGUUAUCAUUCCGUCGAUUAAGCAGAAACCGCCGCCGCCGGUGCAAUCUCCACCGUUUAGGGGGUUGGAGGGUGAAGAAUUUGAGAUUGAGUAUUCACAGAAUAAACCUAAGUUCUCUCAGCCUCCUCCUCCGCCGAAUAGGGCGGCGUUUCAGGCGAUUACUCAGGAUAAGUCACCACGGAGGUCUCCUCCUCCUCCUCCUCCACUCCAUACUCCGCCUCCGCCUCCACCGCCUCCUCCACGUCCUCCUCCUCUGCCUCCUCAGAUACGGCCAAGAGAUUUUCAGAUAACUCGGAAAGUUAGCAGUUCAGAAGCAACGAAGGAAGAUGAUCUUACAAGAAAGCUAGCGUUCAAGACUCCAAGUCCUCAAUCAAAAGCUCUUGAAGAGGUCAAAAGUGUAUCAGCAGAGGGGGAUACGGAUCCAAGUAGGCCAAAGUUAAAGCCACUUCAUUGGGAUAAAGUACGCGCUAGCUCUGAUCGAGCCACAGUUUGGGACCAGCUCAAAUCAAGCUCAUUCCAAGUGAACGAAGACAGGAUGGAGCAUUUGUUUGGUUGCAGUUCAGUAAGUUCAGCUCCCAAGGAGCCUGUGAGAAAGUCAGUGAUGCCUCCAGCUGAGAAUGAGAACAGAGUGCUUGAUCCUAAGAAAUCCCAGAACAUAGCAAUUCUGUUAAGAGCACUGAAUGUAACGCGUGAGGAAGUGUCAGAAGCUCUUUUAGAUGGUAACCCCGAGAGCUUAGGUGCAGAGCUUCUAGAGACUUUGGUGAAGAUGGCUCCAACAAAGGAAGAAGAGAUAAAACUCCGAGAGUACUCUGGUGAUGUCUCGAAACUAGGAACAGCUGAAAGAUUCCUUAAAACCAUUCUGGAUAUCCCGUUUGCAUUCAAAAGGGUUGAAGCAAUGUUGUAUAGAGCCAACUUUGAUGCAGAAGUCAAGUAUCUAAGGAACUCCUUCCAGACACUAGAGGAAGCAAGCGUGGAACUAAAAGCAAGCAGGCUAUUCCUUAAGCUCCUUGAAGCUGUUCUAAUGACAGGAAACCGAAUGAACGUUGGCACUAAUCGUGGAGAAGCCAAAGCUUUCAAACUCGAUACCCUUUUAAAACUCGUAGACAUAAAAGGAGUUGAUGGCAAGACCACAUUGCUUCACUUUGUCGUCCAAGAAAUCACAAGAUCCGAGGCAACAACCACUACAACAAUAGAUGAAACCAUCCUCCAUGGAAACAAAGACGGUUUCAGAAAGCAAGGAUUACAAGUCGUGGCUGGACUGAGUAGAGAUCUGGCAAACGUUAAAAAAUCAGCGGGAAUGGAUUCAGAUGUACUGAGUGGUUACGUGACAAAGCUUGAAACAGGUCUUGAGAAACUCCGAGCUUUUAUCAAGACAGAGACAACAACAACAACAACUCCAGGGAAGUUCUUUGAUUCAAUGAAAACGUUUCUCAAAGAAGCAGAAGAAGAGAUUCGAAAGAUCAAAGGAGGAGAAAGAAAAGCUCUGUCAAUGGUUAAAGAAGUAACAGAGUAUUUCCACGGAGACGCUGCAAAAGAAGAAGCACAUCCUCUAAGAAUCUUCAUGGUCGUGAGAGAUUUUCUCGCAGUUCUAGACAACGUUUGUAAAGAAGUUAAGACGAUGCAGGAAAUGUCGUCAGCGAUGGGUUCGGCUUCUGCUAGAUCGUUCAGGAUUUCAGCAACAGCUUCGUUACCGGUUCUUCACAGGUAUAAAUCAAGACAAGAAGAUACAAGCUCAGAUAAUGAACACAGCAGCAACUCUUCUACGUGAUGAACAACACAAAAGGCUGUACAGUUUCUUACACAGAAUUAAGUUGGUGAUUCUCAAACCGGAGGAGAUAUUGAGUUGGUUAAACCGGAGAAUCUGGACCGGUUAGUAGAGGAACAAACACUAUAAUGAUCAAAUUUUCGUUAACAAAUAAGUUUCUUUCUUUUGUCGGCCGUUGAAAUAUAUAGAUAGAUAUGAAUAUAUCCUAAUUUCUUGAGGUUAUUAGAGGAGAUUUUGGACUUUAUAAAAGCUUUGUUCAAUUCAAAAAGUUACUAGUCUUAUAACCACAUAAGUAAGAAUUAUAAGAUAGGUUUGGAAUCGUGUUUACUUUUGCUUCUUUGUGUUCUUGGUGAGAAGGAAUCAGUAUCCAAUACGAAAG